CACCCACUCGCUCCCCCGAGGAACCCGCCCAGGCGGAGUCACUGGGUGUGGUCAGCGAUCAACAGAACCAACCUCCCACUAUAGUGAACGAGAAAGGUCUCCUAUUAGGAGUUGACACUGGGAUGCUCCAGAACAUUCUAAAGAACGUUCAGGGAUUGAAAUCACCUCUCGCCACUUCGCCCUCCAUUUCUUCUCCCUCUCUCACAAAACCUGAGACAGAGAAGGCAUCUGUUGAUGCUCCAUCACAGCUGCCUCUCUCCCCCUGGCCCCAGUUCAGCAAUAUCAGUGGAGAAACCAGCAGCUACGACGACUGUGAGUCCAGCCUCCAACAUCAAAAUCACGUCCUCUCUCACAUCACUGCUGGAUGAGAUAUUUCCACAGCUGUCAAAGAGUCUGCAGGAGAGAAAGAGAAAGCAAGACACGGUUCCGGAGAGUGCCGCCAAACAGCCCAAGUUGGAGACCCCUCAGAUUCAAACCGUGGGAUCUGAUGGGAGUCCUUUACCCCCUCGACCCCCUCCGCCUGGUUCUGUUAGACCAAAUGGGCCAAGACCACCAAAUGGAGGGUUCACUCCACGACCCCCGCUGCGAAUGCUGGGACCUGGGGGAACUGGGAGACCCCCAGGUAUGAUGAUGAGACCACCUCGUCCCCCACCUGAUGGAGGGGGCAGACCCCCAGGAUUAAUGAUGAUGAGACCACGUGGACCCCCGUUUGACAGUCAAUUCAGGGCUCGUGGACCCCCCAGACUUGAUGGGGGGUUCCGCCCCCUCGGCCCUCUCAGACCUGGGGAACGUUUCAUGGGACCACGGGGUCCAUUUGGCCCUCGUAAUCCAAAUUCUGGACCCCCUCCCCGCCAGCCGUUCCCACCACACUCUUCAUUCCAGCCGAGGAUGCCCCCCUUGUCAAACCAGAAUUUCCCCAGACCCCCAUUCCGACAGGGGGGCUUGCCUUACCCCCCAAGACCAAUGGGGGGAAACCCUGGAAUGGAACCUAAUCACUUCCUCGAGAAACCUCCUCAAUCACAUGACGGUCUGCAGUCCAUUCCGCCGCCUGGCACCGGAAUAUGGCCAUAGUCUACGGUUUUGUAGUGUACAAUACUGUACAGUGUAUCAAAAUUGCAGGACCCCUAUUCUCUCACGCAUGCGUAUUUCAGCAACGGCGGUCUAAUUUUGUGGGGGCGUGGCUAACUGCCCCUGCUCUACAGCUGAGAAGCAAAGCCAGCAGUCCGUGUGUGUGUGUGGAUCUAAGCUGUGUCUCGUGGCAUGGGGUGGGCUCGUGUUGUUCCUAGCUCUCGUCUCCUCUUCCUCAUAAUCCUCACGACCGUUGUGACGGUGGCGGUGUGCGUUACGUCUUGUGUCAUCCUCUGGCUGGCUCCGCAAGUACCUUACUCCGUCCACUACAAUGGAGGCAGAUACGUCCACUACCCGGCUCUCGUUCUAGCCGCGACAGCUCUAGUAUCUGCUCUCUCCCUCUUCCCUGGGGCCUUCGGGCUCUCUCGUGACUCAAAGGCAGCUCUUAUCCUGGUAACCUCUGAAUAAGGGACACCUUGGGAACAAAAGUGGUUUCACUGUAGCUAUAUAGCUAAAUAAUAAUUAUAGCGAUUGAUGAAGCACCAAAUUUGGGUAAUACUGUUUGUGUUAAUUCUGCUGUGCUGUAGUACUGUGUGAUGUUGGUGACAGUGACAGCGGGUGAGGUGAUUGGCUCAGCCACUGUCUUCAGCUUCGCAUACAUUGGAAAGGUAAUCAAUCACCCAACACAUGUUGCUAAGGGAAAGAGCCAACUGCCACAUGUGGUAACGGUUUGCUUUGCCUUUGGUUCAAUCAAUAGGUUUACAAACAAGCAUUGUUGUUGUUAAAUGUGUGAAAUGUUGUUAAGGAGUGCAAGACAAGAUGUUACUUGGCUAAUGUUUUCUUAGCUGGAGUC